AUGAGUAAAACAAACAAUUAAUCUUCGAAAACCUUUAAAUUAUUUAGUAACAAUAAUCAUAAAGCAAAACUUGAUACAACAACUUCUUCUAACAAUACUAUAAGUAUAGUUAAAAAGGAAAGCAAAUAAUAUGGGAAUUAAUAUUCAUAAUUAUAAUCAGCACGACCAAGAACAUAAUCCAUUUAGAAAAAGGAAAGUAUUAGUAAAGAAAAAUUGUAGCCUUAAAAACAGUAUGAAUAAUAGAUUUAAUAAUUAGUUUAGACCCUAAAAAGAGAUUAGUGACAAAUCCUAAUUCAAGUGCUGAAAGAGCUGUAAAUAAAUAACGAACUCUUUCUACUUCAAAUAGAACAUCUACUUUGAGUCCAUAAUCAAGAAUUAAACCUUUAGCUACUAAAAAUAGCGCACAAUUGUAGUAAUCAUAAGUGAAUAAUUCAAAUUAAUAACCUACUCCAAGAUCUGUGAAAAAAAUAAUAUUCAAUUCAUCAAAUACUAAAGAUGCUAAAAAUAAUAGUAAUAUAAUUAGCAAAAUGAAACCUAAUUAUGAAAAAGGCAAGACAUUACCAUUUAAAAAAGAGAGUCCUGCUAUAAAAUUGCAUAAAUAAGAUACGAAUACUAUAUCAUCUUAAUCUAUUUAAACUAGAUCUUCUAAGCAAAGUCUAAGUGUUCAUAAAUCAAUCACUAUUAAUAAGAUGGAUGAUUUAUUCUAAAGAUCUAAAACUCCUUCAAAUGUAAACAAACAAAAUAAUCCUCUUUAUGUAAUCUUGUUUUUGUUAUUUAGUGUUUAGUUAGACCAUUGUUUAAGGAUGCAAAGUAUUAUUAAACCUCACUAAUUCAUUUUCAUUAUGAAUAAGUAAAAAAUAAACAUUCACCUUAUAAAAUUCAUUUUGAAUUAGAAUAUCAAACUAAUUAAUUAAAAGAUUAUUUUAAUGAAUUGUUUUGUGAGCAUUUUUAAUAAUCAUUCACUUGUUUACAAUAUUGUAAAAGAUUGAAUUAGACCUUGAAAUAAAAUAAUAAAAUUUAAUAUUUACCUCCCUUAGUAAAUCAUACAAGAACUUUAGUAUUUGAUUUAGAUGAGACUCUCUUGCAUUGUAAUGAAAAUGUUAAUGAUCCAACUGAUUAUGUAAUAAUGGUCAAAAUGCCUAAUGAAGGUAUGGUUGAGGUAAUUAUUUAAGUUAAUUCUAGACUAAAAUUAAUAUCAGACCAUAUUGUUAAUAAAUGUUGAAAAUAUUAGCUAAUCACUAUGAACUUAUAUUAUUUACAGCAGGUUAUCAAUAUUAUGCUGACAAAGCAGUUGAUUUGAUCGAUCCUGAUAGAAAAUUAUUUUAGUAUAGAUUUUAUAGAGAGAGCUGUUUAGAAAUAGAGGAAGGCCUAUUUAUUAAAGAUUUAAGAGUUAUUGGAAAUCGUUAAAUUGAGGUAAAUUAUUAUCCAUAAUUUUUCUUAGAAUAUGUUAUUAAUCGAUAAUGCUCCUUAUUCAUACUGUUAUCAAAUCGAUAAUGGAAUACCUAUCAUUCCAUUUUAUGAUAAUAAAUAUGAUAAGGAAUUAGUGUUUUUAACUGAUUAUUUACUAAACUUACAAAAAUGUAAUUAGUGGACAUAUGCAAAUAAAGUACAUUUUAGAACAUACUUCUAUUAAUAAUGCUUUACUGUAGAAGAAUGCUUAAGAGAAAUGUUUAAAGCUCAUGAUACAUUAACAUAUUGA